AUGCCCCCCCCUCGGGGGGUGCUGGACACCUCAGGGACCUUCCGGGUGUAUCGGGACCUCUUGGGGACCCCCCCUCGCUGGGACCCCCCCGAAUUAGUUCUGGCCACCCAUGGCACCCCAGGACGGGUGGCAGGGACCCUGGGGGGGGCUCUGGGGGGGCUCUGGGGGGGGCCGCUCUCGGUGGCUGUUUUUGGGGUACCCAAGGAGGGGUUGGGGGGGCUGUUGGCAGCUUUGGGGGGGCCCUGCCGGGGCUUACGGGCUCGCUUACGCUUACACGUGGUGGUGGGGGCGGCUGCGCCCCCCCCCGUUGUACCCCCCAACCCCGGCCCCCCAACACCGGGGGGAUGUCGGGGGGCCCUACGGCGUCUGGCGGCUGCCGACCCCCCCAGUUACACUUUGGGGGUGCCGUACCCCGGGAAUUUAUUGCGGAACGUGGCCUGGGCGGGGGCGGCGGAGGAGGAAAGGGGGGGCCCUUCCUGGAACGGGGGUCCCGGCCCCCCCAAAACUGGGGGUCGCUUCGUGCUGCUGUUGGACGCUGACGUGGUGCCCAGCCGGGGGCUGCGGGAGGAAUUCCUGAGGCUGCUGCGGGAGGGGGGGGCCGGGCUGCGCCCCCCAAAAUGGGGGGCUGGCAGGGGGGUGGGGGACCCCCUGGGCUUCCGUGACCCAGGUGUCCCCAACGCCUUGGAGGUCCCCAAGGGUUUCCAUGACCCAGGUGUCCCCAACGCCUUGGAGGUCCCCAAGGGUUUCCAUGACCCAGGUGUCCCCAACGCCUUGGAGGUCCCCAAGGGCUUCCGUGACCCAGGUGUCCCCAACGCCUUGGAGGUCCCCAAGGGUUUCCAUGACCCAGGUGUCCCCAACGCCUUGGAGGUCCCCAAGGGCUUCCGUGACCCAGGUGUCCCCAACACCCUGGAGGACCCCAACUUUUUGAAGGACCCCAAAGCCCUGGCCACCACGCCAUCCUGGGACCAGGUGGUGUUCGUGCUGCCGGCCUUCGAGGUCCGUGCGGGGACGCGGGUGCCGGGGACGAAGGCGGAACUUCUGCAGCUGUGGGGCACGGGGGACGCCCGGCCCUUCUACGGGGCGCUGUGCCCCCGGUGCCAAGCACCGACGGACUAUGAGCGCUGGUGGGUGCUGCCACCCACCCCGCACCUGCGCGUGGCCUACGAGGCCCCGUGGCGCGACCCCUGGGAGCCCUUCUACGUGGGGCCGGCCCACGGCGUGCCACCCUUCGAUGAGCGCUUCCUCCAGUACGGCUUCAACCGCAUCAGCCAGGUGCCGUGGGGCAGGGGACCAUGGGGUGGCUGGGGGGGCUUGGGGUGGCUGUGGUGA